AUGCUAUCAACAACCCUCCUCUUCGCCCUCGACAACACCAUCGUCGCCAACAUCCAACCCGCCAUCAUCGCCGACUUCGGGCACCUUGAGCUCCUAACAUGGAUCGGAACGGGCUUCGCUCUCGGCACCAUGUUCAUCCUGCUCUGGGGAAAGAUCUACGGCGUCUUUAACAUCAAGUGGGUGUAUAUCUUCAACAUCUUCUUGUUUGAAGUCGGCAGUUCGCUUUGUGGUGCUGCGCCGAAUAUUGAGGCGCUUAUUAUUGGGAGGGUUGUUGCGGGCGUGGGGGGCUCGGGCAUGUACUCGGGUACGCUGACGUAUGUGUCUGUUCUUUCGGAUGAGAAGGAGAAGCCGGCGUAUCUUGCGGGGAGUACGGUUGUUUGGGGGGUUGGUAGCGUGCUGGGCCCAGUGGUCGGCGGCGCCUUUGCGGCAAGCAGCGCCACUUGGAGAUGGGGGUUCUACGUCAACCUUCCCAUUGGCGCGCUCUUCGCACCCGUAUACUUCCUCCUAUUCCCCAGUAUCGACCCCUACCCUUCCAAGACGCUCGCCGGGAAGCUGCGCCAUGUCGACUGGGUCAACGCCGUCAUCUUCCUCGCUGGUUCCGCCUGCCUAACCGUUGUGCUCACCUUCGGCGGAGUAAUCUACCCGUUCAGUUCCGGAAUUGUCAUCGCCCUGUGGACCAUCACGGGCGUUCUGCUUGUCGUCUUCAUCAUCACGCUGAAGUUUCAUCCGCUCGUUACCAAAGAGAAUCGAUUAUACCCGAUGCAUUUUUUCAAGCAACCGACAUUGAUCAACAUGCAGCUUCAGGUGUUUCUAUCCUCUGGUAUUAUCCUGUCUCUGGUUCCUGUUCAUGAGAUAGCCAACGCCGUUGGUGCCAUGACCAUCAGUCAAGACCUCGGAAUGGUUCUCUUCCUCGCCAUCAGCGGCAGUCUCUUCCACAACGUAGCGGUCGACAAAGUCGGAAAGUCACUCCCAGACGUCUCCCCCAUGGAGAUUGGCAACCUCAUCGCGGGAUCAAGCAGUAAGGCCUUCCAAGCACUGUCCGAUGAGGAGAAAGCUUUGGUCAUCCCUGAGAUAGCCAGCGCAAUGACCAGUAUCUGGGCUUUCUUUCUUGCUGCUGCUGCGCUGAGCGUGAAAGCCAAACUCGGUAAUGGAAGAAAAGGUGCUGCGAUCCCUGCAGCGUGA